CUCCCNAGGGACAAGAAGAAUUUGUGAAAAUUGUAACCAAAAAUGUUUAGCUACAUUAUAUUGUGAAUAUUGUGUUCGAAAUUAUUUAAAAUCUAAUUUUUCAAUUUGGACUUCUGGAAAUAAUGUUAUUGAUAAUUUAAUAAAAAAUUGUCAAAUGGAAACACUUUCACCUGAUACUGUAAUUGAAUGGAUUCCUUAUAAUAAUUUAGAAAAUAUUAAAUAUCUUACAAAAGGUGGAUUCUCAGAGAUUUAUACAGCAGAGCGGAUUGAUGGACCUUAUGAAGAAUGGGAUUCUAAAGAGCAACAAUUAAUAAGAUUUGGAACUCUUGCUGUAAUACUUAAAGAAUUAAAAAAUAUUGAAAAUGCAAGUCAAAGUUGGUUUGAAGAGGCUAAAUCACAUUUAACUUUAGGCAACAAACAUCAAUCUAUCGUUCAAUGUUUUGGUUUAACACAAAAUCCAUCAAAUGGAAAUUAUUUACUCGUAAUGUAUAAAUUGGAUGUAAAUUUAAGAGAAUAUUUACAACAAAAUCAUAAUCAACUUACAUGGAAUGAAAGAAUUAAAAUUACUUUUUUAAUUAUUGAUAAACUUUAUUGGAUUCAUGAAGAGAAUUCAAUUCACAGAGAUUUGCAUUCUGGAAAUAUAUUAUAUUCACAGUUUAAUGAUCAUUGGCGUAUUAGUGAUCUUGGAUUUUGCGGUCCUGCAGACAAACCAUCAACAAGUAUAUAUGGAAAUCUUCCUUACAUAGCUCCCGAAGUUAUUAAUGGAAAAGGGUAUACUUAUAAAUCUGAUAUUUAUAGUAUUGCAAUGCUUAUGUGGGAAAUUUCAUUUGGGCAACCUCCAUUUAUGAAUUAUGAACAUGAUUAUAUUCUUGCAAUUAAUAUCAUUGAUGGUAUAAGACCAAAAAUUAUUUCAGAAAUUCCUUCCGAAUUUAAAAGUCUACUGGAACAAUGUUGGGAUGCUAAUCCAUUAAAAAGGCCUGAUAUUAAUACACUUUGUAAUAAGAUGAAUGAAAUUAUGUUAUAUUAUCGAAAUAAACCUGAUGAACUACCUCAAACAAUAAUACAAGUAGACGAAAAAACAAGCAAUAUCAUGAGUAGUAAAAUAUUUACAAGUAAAAUUCAUAAUUUUGAAAAUCUACCUGAACCAAAAAAUGCAACAGAAGAAGAACAAAAAGCAUUUUAUACCACUAGAUCAUAUGAUUUUAGUAUUUCUAGUAAUGCUAGUAAUCUUAGUAAAUCAAGUAAAAUUAAUUUUAAAGAUGAUGAUAGUAAAGAAUCAUCUAGAUUAUUUAAAAAAUUGAAAAUGGAGAAUGAUGACGUUCAAAAUGACUACGAGAGAGAAAUAAUGCAGCAACGAUCAAAUAUUAGUAAUAAUGAUGAAGUACAAAAUAAUCCAAAUCUUCAUUCAGAAGAGAAAGAUAAACAAGAAACUCCCGAUGAUGGAUUUUAAAUUAAUUUACUUGAAAAUAAAUUCAUUUUUUUACUAUUUAUUAAAUUAUUUAAACACUAAGAUUAGAGUAGUAAAAAGAUUCUUAGUUUGUAAUUUAAAAUAAUUCAAUUCUCUAUUUAUUUAUAGGACUUUUCAAUUAUUAAAUAAAGAUAAUUAUAAAUUUAUUAUAAAA